AUGAUAGGCAUAAUAUAAAAGUAUACAUCAUAAUUGAAUAUAAUAAUGAAAUUAUGAAAUUUAUUUCGCAACAAUUGAGAGUUAAUGUUUGGAUUAACUAACCAUUUUUCCUCAAGAUUUCAUGCAACUAAUCACACCCAGGAAGUUCGGGAUUUGAAUCCCAUGACGCUCACUCACUCAUGCUUAUCUUUUCCUAUUUCUUUGACAAAUUCGAAUUCCAUAUUUUUAUCUUUGUUUUAAUUUUCCUUUUAUAGAUCUACAUAUCUUCACCAUAAAUAAAGGAUUAUUACACACUUACACCACACCUUCCUCGGUGUUUCCUUCUCCCAAAUUCACCCAAAUCUCUAUUUUCACCGAUCAACCAUGGAUUACAGAACCUUUGACCUGACACUCAUCUCCGCAAACGACCUCAAAAAAGCCUUCCUCUUCGGAAAAUCAGAUGUCUACGCCGUCGCUUAUAUCUCUGGUACUGCCGGCAAUCAAAUGCUUAGAACCCCCAUUGACAAAAACGGAGGUUCAAACCCAACCUGGAAUUGUCCCAUGAAGUUUACUCUCGAUUUCGCAGCCAUCUUACAGAAUCGCCUGAGACUCAUCGUCGAGAUUAAGGCUGUCGGAAUGUUCGGUGAUAAGCAUUUGGGAGAAGUUCACUUCAAGUUCAUGGAGAAUUGCGGAUCGAAUUCGGAGCAGAUGUUUGUUAAUCCUCGGGUGAUAAGCCCCUCCGGGAAGAAGAAAGGCUAUCUUAAUGUCACCUAUCGCGUCGGGGAAAAAAUCUCCGGUAACUCGUUGGAGACCUUAACGGGUUACCCUUCCAGGAUGGUGGUUGGAUCAUGUCCCGCCUAUCAGCCUCCUGUUGCUGAAUAUGCGUACCUGCACCAGCAGCAACCGGGUUAUGGUGGUUACCCUCUGCCACCACCGCCGGGGUACGGUGGAUAUCCUCCACAGAUGGGAUACGGGUAUCCGGCAGGCAGUUCAGCAGCCUUUACUUUAAGUUUAUACAUUACCUGCAUUAGUUUGUUUGUUUCCAUGUUCAUUUUGCUGUAUGUUUAAAUUUAUAAAUUUAAU